AUGAGUAAAUUUGGUUUAAAGUUUGCUAUAAAUUUAUACGCACUCAAUUCUAAAAACAGCAAUAAAGGACAAAUAUUCGAUGAUAUUUACCUGGAUUCCGAUUCAGAGGAUGAGAUUGUUGACAAAAUUGUUGAUUUUGAUCGAAAAUAUUUAAACUCUGGUCAGUACUUUUUUUUAAAUUUAAUAAUUUUGUACAUUGCGAUUUUAUUAAAGGUAGGUAUUUUAUGAUUAUUAUUUUUCACAAUAGAUGUUUUACCGAUUGGCAAGUCUAACGUUAGGUUUACCUCGACAAAAUUAACAAACAAUCCAAAAUGGAUAAGACACGGAACGUUUACACCUCAAGUCUACCAUUUUGACUCAUCUAAGGUAUAGUAAUAUUUUAAAAUUGCUAGGUAUACUGAAUAAUCAAGAUUUAAAAACUAAAAACAGUUUUAAUAAAUGUAAAGACUUAAUUAAAUUAAUCAUUAUUAAUUUAAUAAUUUAAUUAGAUAACUAGAGAUAGGGUGUUGUAGUAAACCCAUUAAAUAUAUUAUUGCAAGCAUGUCAGGAACGAUAUCUACGUCAAUAAUAUAUACGAUUAUCAUAAGGGGACCUCGACACACGCUAACCAUCUAUUCUAUUCUUUUCAUUAUUUCCUAUUAGACAAACCUUCAAGAAGCACAUAGCUUCGGUUUGGGAUCCGUAUAUAUACGGAUUUUGAUGUACACUAAGAGGCAGAGCGGUUAUAAAUCUUAGAUCAUCACCACCACCUCACAUUAAGUCGGUCCACGUUCAUACUCUUGCGGACGAACCUCUGGUCCAUUUUUAUUUGUUAUUUAUAAUUUUAUGAAUUAUGUUAACUAAAGUUUUUUAAUCGUAUUAAUUUCUAAUCGUUUCUACUAUUUAUCUCCAUCUUCUUCCACCAGCAGACGAUAAUGAAGUUCCGUCAUUAAGUAAAACGUAAGAGCACAGUCGCGUCAGCCUUCGGCUGGCUACAGUGUUAAAAGCCUAAAAAACACACAAAAAUGAUCUAAAAAAAAAUAUGCACUUAAUAAAUUUCCAAACAAAUCUACUUAAAUAAGUGAAAACCAUUGAAUUAUUUAAAAAUAAUUAUUAUUAAUACAUAUACUAUGGGUGUGAUAAUGGGUGUUGGAGUAAUUUAAAAUAUAAAUUGUAAAAUUAAUAGAUGAUAGCUAGUAAACAUCUACAUUUUCAGUUUAAUUUACAGUAAAGCAAGUAAUUAAUGAAUAAAAAUAAAAAUGUUAUUAUUUUGCAUACCUACCUUCCAUUACACUGUUCAAUUAAAAUGUGUCAGUUAAUAAAUUUUUAUAUGGUUAAUCAGUUUAACAAACAGUUUCGGUCUCUUCCUGCCACACUUGAUAAAACUAUUAUCAUAAACUAUAUACAUUAUAUAUUAUAUUAUAUCAUAAAUUGAAGUAGGUACUUAUAACAUAUUUAUUAUUAUUUUUUGUUAGAGUGGUUUUUGUAAAGCGGAAUUCAAACUCUCCGAGAAAUCAAAUAUCAUAGACUUUUUUGAAGCAUUGGUGACACCUGAUUUAUUAAAUAAAAUUGCUCAUGGAACGAAUCUUUACUGGGAUGAAUUUACUGUUCAAGAACCAAUUGCCUCUGAGUACAUAUAUAUAUAUAUAUAUAUUAAUAAUACCGAUAAAACCAAUUGAUGCGCCUAUUUAAAUAUUUUUAUUUUUCAGAAAUUAUAAUUGGACAGAUACUGAUGUCAGUGAGUUGUAUGUUUUUUUGGCCUUGACUAUGGGCAUGUUUAACAGUUACGAUGUAAAGGAUUUUUGGGACAAAUAUUCAUUUUUUAGUCGACCCUCAUUAAAUUUUCAUAUGAGUUAUGAGAGGUACUCGUUAAUAUUGAAAAUGCUGCACUUCACCAUAGAGGAUCCAAAACCCAAUGAUUGUUUAUCAAAGAUUCGCAUGCCAUUAGAUGAUAUAACUAAUAAUUUUAAAAAAGCAAUUGUCCCAAACGAAAACUUGGCAAUUGAUGCAAGUUUUGUUUUGUGGGAAGAACCUAUAGAUAUUGGACAGUUUAACAAAAAAAAUCCUCAAUACUCAGGAUUAAAAGUGUUUGUACUUGUUGAUAUACAAACAGAUUUCGUUGUUAAUUUACUUGUAUAUACUGGAAUCGAAACAGAAUUUCAUGAAGUUGAUUCAAACCUUGGAAUUUCUGGGAAUGUUGUAAACACAUUAAUGGAACCUUACCUCAACAAAGGAUACAAACUCUUUAUUGACAGUUUAUAUGUGACACCAUUAUUGGCUAAGUUUCUAUUAAAAAAAUGUACCAACAUGACUGGAACUGUUAGAAAAAGUCGUUAUGAUAUACCUAAAUUAAAAUGGAAAUUGAAAACUGGUCAGGCUGACAGUAAUCAUACUGACAUCAUGCUUGUUAUUAAAACAAAACAUCCCUGUUACAAUUAUAUGUUGACAACACAAUUUGAAGAUAAACUAGUUAUUGUUGGAAAAAACUAUCGUCAUGGAUACCAUUUAACAAAACCAUUACCUUUGAAUAAAUAUAUUGAACACAUGAGGAUUAUUGACAACUCUGAAACUUUACUCUGCCCAUUAGAAUGCAUAAUGAAAAACUUAAAAUGGUAUAAAAAAAUUUUUUUUCAUCUUAUUGACCUGUGUUUCUUAAACGCAUUUUCUUCUUAUAAAACCAUAACCAAAAAUUCAAUGUCAUUAAAUGAGUUUCACACUAAUCUUGUUUAUCAAAUAAUGAAUAAAUAUUCUACUAAAUGUUGUGCACGUCACAAUGGUGAUGGUGUAUAUAUUCCAGAAAUUUGA